GACAUGAUAAAAGCUUGUCAUCGUCGCCGCUAUCCAGUUGCCACGAAAUACCGGGAGACUUGUCUAUCGUCGUAAACCACCAUACUCAAUUCCACAUUUUACAUAUCUUCUAUUAAACGGUUUUGCGGUAGCGGCAAGAAAUCGACUGACAAGAUGGCCUGCCCAGUGAGGGAUCCCGCUUCGGAGCAGCUGAACGAUUACAAGAAGAAACUUAAGGGAGAAGCACCCGUAUUAUUAACUGCCAAUGGAGCGCCUAUCGCUGAGAAGAAGGCCAGCCUUACGGUUGGUCCUCGUGGACCCAUGUUGCUGCAAGACUUCGUUUACUUGGACGAAAUGUCACACUUCGCUAGAGAAAGAAUUCCCGAGCGAGUUGUGCAUGCGAAGGGUGCCGGUGCAUUUGGCUAUUUUGAAGUUACCCAUGAUAUCACCAAAUAUUCUAAAGCAAAAGUGUUUUCUAGCAUCGGAAAGAGGACUCCCAUUGCUAUAAGAUGCUCUACUGUUGGUGGUGAAAGCGGUUCUGCCGACACUGUCAGAGAUCCACGUGGAUUCGCCGUAAAAUUCUACACUGAGGAAGGUAUUUGGGAUCUCGUGGGGAACAAUACGCCGAUUUUCUUUAUUAAAGAUCCCCUCUUUUUCCCGAGUUUCAUACAUACACAGAAGAGAAAUCCAGCGACUCACUUAAAGGAUGCUGACAUGUUCUGGGACUUCAUCUCUCUUAGACCUGAGACGACACAUCAAGUUAUGUUCCUCUUUGGCGAUCGUGGUAUUCCCGACGGACAUCGUCAUAUGAAUGGCUAUGGUUCACAUACGUUCAAGCUGGUGAACAGCAAGAAUGAAAUGGUUUAUUGCAAAUUCCACUAUAAGACUAAUCAAGGAAUCAAGAAUAUCUUUGCACAAAAAGCUGCCGAGCUCAGCGCUUCCGAUCCUGAUUACUCAAUCAGAGAUCUUUACAAUGCAAUCGCUAAGGGCCAGUAUCCGACUUGGACAUUUUAUAUCCAAGUGAUGACCGCUGAACAAGCAAAGACCUUAAAGUGGAAUCCGUUUGACUUGACAAAAAUAUGGCCGCACAAGGAAUAUCCAUUGAUACAGGUAGGCAAAUUGGUGCUGGAUCGCAAUCCCGAAAAUUAUUUCGCCGAUGUGGAACAAAUGGCCUUCGAUCCAGCGCACAUGGUACCCGGUAUCGAGCCGAGCCCUGAUAAGAUGCUGCAAGGCCGACUCUUUGCCUAUGGCGACACUCAUAGGCAUCGCUUGGGUCCAAAUCAUCUCCAGCUGCCAGUGAACUGUCCUUACAAGGCGAUUUCCACGAUGCAUUAUCAACGGGAUGGUAACAUGCCGAUAUACAAUCACGGGAACGCACCAAAUUAUUAUCCUAAUAGUUUCUCUGGACCGAAGGAAUGUCCAGCCGCUCGUUCGCCGUCGUUCUAUGUAAGCGGAGACGUGGAUCGUUACGAUCCCGUGGAUGAGGAUGACUUUGAUCAGGCUACUGUUUUCUGGAAGAAGGUUCUCGAUGAACCAGCCAAAGAGAGACUAGUACAGAAUAUGGUCGCAAGUUUACGUAACGCUUCGACAUUCAUCGUCGAACGAGCUGUGCGAAACUUUGCUCAAGUGGAUGCCAAUCUCUCUCAGAGAUUAACAGAUGGCUUGCGCAAGUGUGGAAUAAAUAUUAACGCCUUGGGAAAAUCAGCCAAUUUGUAAAGAGGUUAUAAUCAUCUCUUCCUUUUUGUACCACAACGUACCCGGUUAUCGAAUACGUAACAAAUACGUACUGAAAUACAUAAUUAUGAUACACAUAAUACUUUUUAUUGAUCUAACAUAUUUGUUAAAUUAUUGCCAAAAAUAUUUGUUUCUGCAAUGUAUUGCUUUUACUCGAUGAUAUUUCAUUGUAGAAUUAUCGUUUUAUAAUACUAAUACAAGGGGUAUAGGUGUAAAACUAUUAAUGGUGCCUUUUUAUAUGCAUAAAUCAUUAUAUUGUACUUGAAAAAGACAACAAUCAAACAUUGUUCUACUAUUUGUUAAGAUACUGCGUUUUGCUACAGUGAUUUUUGAAUAUUAUACAUGAAUACCAUUAGAUUUUAAAGAAGGAACGUGUGUUGGGAUUUUUGUAAAUAAAAUUGGAAAUUACUACAAACGAAAAUAUAUUAUACUCCAAUGUUUCUAUACUGUUCCCACAAUGUUUACCUUUGUAUAAAAAGAUACCUGAUUUCGCUUUGACGAAUUCAAGGUAGACGGCAGUGAGUCACGCCGCCAAUUAGGGUAACUUGUAGGACAAAGCCAUUUCAACUCCAUUUAAACUGCAUACAAAAUGUAUCCGCUUUUAUCCGUCGUUCCGGAGUCGAGCUGAGCGUUUCGCGAAGUUCACAAAAGGUGCGCGGUCUCACAGCUGUUUCCAAAUUCGUUCGCGGAUCAUCGCGGGAUGCUGGUCAGCGGACACGCGCGUUCGCAGACAAAUCCAAUGUAUCGGCGGGCCUGAGGGUUGUACGGAAAAAGGGACGGGACUUCUCCUGCGGUGUCUGGCGACCGCAUCGCGCGCGAUUAACCUACGCGAAAUUCCUCCUUUACAGGCUGACCUACUUCUCGUCUUGAAACGCGCUUAAAGUCAGAUUGGCCAGACCUGUGUGCGGAUCAUGCUACGGCCAGUCUUUUAAAUUAUUUAUAUAUUUAUAUCGACACUCAGCAUUAUGCCAGAUAG